ACCAUUUGAGUCAGCAACUCUUAACAAUUUUGACAAUAGUUAUCUGGUAUCCACUUUCCAAUCUUCUUCAAUGGCAACUGUGAUCAGCCGUGUUCAAGUGGCACCGGCAGGUAACGCCACCGAGAUGUCACUCCCCCUAACCUUUUUUGACAUGCCAUGGCUGUUUAUCUACCGGAUCAUGCGACGCGUGCUGUUCUACAGGCUUCCCAUUUCCAGGGAUACUUUCAUUGAGACCAUAUGCCCAAAACUAGUAAGCUCCCUCUCCCUAACCCUCACACACUUUCUUCCCCUGGCCGGCAACUUGGUUUCUCCUUCAGAUUCUUGCAUCAAGCCUGAGCUACGUUACAUGCCUGGGGACUCUGUUUCUAUCACCUUCGCAGAGUCUGGUGAUGACUUCAAUUCACUUGUAGGCUUUGGCCUAUGUAUUGGCACUACUCAUCACCAUGUUGCUGGGGAUGGAAACACGAUGAUGAGCUUUGCUAUGGCGUGGGCUAUGGUCAGCAAACUAGGUGGAGAUUUAGAAUUCAUAGCAGAGAAAUCUGCCCAAUUUUAUGACCGGUCAAUAGUCAACGAUCCCUAUGGGGUAGGGGAUCUAAUGUUUGAAGAAAUGAAGAAAGAGGCUAAGGUUGAACUAUCUGAAGCUGAAAUUUCACCCCCUCGAAUCAAUAAGGUUCGGGCUACGUUUAUCAUGCGGUGGAGAGACAUUGAAAAGCUCAAAAAUUUAGUUGCAGCCAGACAAAGAGCAAGAGAAGUUCAUAUAUCAGCCUUCACCGUAACAUGUGCUUAUGUAUGGACUAGCUUGGUGAAAGCAAGCGUGGCGAUAGGGGAGCAAUCGGAAGAUAACAAAAUUGAAUAUUUCAGUUAUGUAGCCGAUUGUAGGAGUCGCUUGAACCCACCACUUCCAGAUAGUUUCUUUGGAAAUUGUUUAGUACGCUACUUUGUGAAAUCAAAGCUUGGAAUAUUAGUUGGAAGUGAAGGUUUUUUAACUGCUGCUGAAUUGAUCGGAGAAACAAUUCAGAAAAGAGUAAAUGAUCAAGAGUGGAUUUUGAAUGGGGAAGUUUGGUUAUCAGAGCUUAAAAAAUCAGACCCACAGAGGGGAGUUGCAGUUGCUGGAUAUCCAAGGCUAGAUAUAUAUGCUGCAGAUUUCGGGUGGGGAAAGCCGGAGAAGGUGGAAUUUGUUACUAUAGAUGGUGGUAAUGUUAUGUCUAUUUGCAAGGGCAGGGAUUCUGAAGGUGAUAUUGAGAUUGGCUUGGCAAUGCCCAGAACUAAAAUGGAUGCUUUUUCUACCAUCUUUGCUGAUGGUCUUAGAAACCUCUAGGGGUUUUUGGAGUUCCUUUUCUCCCCAGUGUUGUAGAUAAAAAAAAUCUUUGUUUCCUAUUACAAUUUACAAAUACUGGUAAUUUAGACGCUCAGAAUUGUUUUCUCUUUUUGAAAUUAUAUGAAUUGUUCUAGCAUUGACCUCAAGAAAUUGAGUGAUGUGCAUUGUUAGAAUGUUGUCUCAAUGUUAAAAGGAAAAAGCAAAAUGUGUUUAGGGGGUGGGUGUGGAUAUGAACCUAACACUUGAGUCCUUAAGUUCUGUUUAGCAUUCAGAUACAUAGUAGAUAGAUAUCACUUGGAAAGCCACCUACCAAAAUAAUUGUGAUUGUUUUAUAUUUGUUGUCAAUUUACUGAAACCUUCUCCCCUUGUCUGGAUAUGGUUAGACUGAAUUAAUGAACUUUGGCUGAGUUAUGAA